AUGAGGCGACCUCUUAUCAGCAGCAGCAGCAACAUCAGCAGCAGCAGCAGCAGCAGCAGCAACAACAGCAGCAGUCUAAGCUCACCUGCAGCAGCAGACCUUACAUUCAGCGGCAACUCAACGCCCAGACUCAUUGGCAGCUCUAGCAGCAGCAGCAGCAGCAGCCCCAACAGCAACUUGUACAGCAGCAGCAGUAGCAGCAGCAGCAGUAGCAGUAGCAGCAGCAGCAGCAGCAACCUUUGUUGCGGCAACGAAGGUGAUGUCCGAUUGUCUCUUGCUGCUCCAGCUGAAUGCGAGCCCUUCUCGCAGCAGCAGCAGCAGCAGCAGCAGCAACAGCAGCAGCAGCAGCAGAAUCAGGUUAUGCAGCUAAGACAGGAGCUGCAGCAGCAGACGCAGCAGCAGCAGCAGCAGCAGCAAAUGUCGGUGCAGCAGCAGCAGCAGCAGCAGGGAGAACUCCCUGGUGCUCAGCUGCCUUUACAGACGCUGGAGGAGAAGAUCCAGCCGCCGCCUCCUACACUGCAGCAGCAGCAGCAGCAGCAAGUGCAACAGCAGCAGCAAGAGCAGCAUGCUAUUGAGAAGCAACAGCAGCAGCAGGAGGGGACGACACGUGCUGAUGCUGAUGCAGCAGCAGCAGCAACAGCAGCAGCACCAGCACCUGAAGCAGCAGCAGCAGCACAUACACCAGUAGCAGCACCUACAGCAGCAGCAGCAGCAACAACACCUGCAGAAACAGCAGCAGCACCUGCAGCAGUAGCAGCACCUGCAGACGCAGCAGCAGCAAAGGAUUCCGCUGCUGCAGUUGCUGCUGUUGACACCGCAGCACCGAAGCCACAGGCUACAGCACCAACACCUGCUGCUGCAGCACCUCCUGCUGCUGCACCUGCUGCUGCUGCACCUGCUGCUGCUGCACCUCCUGCUGCUGCACCUGCUGCUGAGACAAUCGAUCCACUGCAGCCAGCGCAGCAGCAGCAGCAACAGCCGGCCCAGCAGCAACAAGAGCCGGCCCCCCAGCAGCAGCAGCAACAGCCGGCUCAGGAGCAACAGCCGGCCCAGCAGCAGCAGCCGGCUCAACAGCAGCAGCCGCCGGAUCAGCAGCAGCAGCAGCCGGAUCAGCAGCAGCAGCAGCAGCCGGAUCAGCAGCAGCAACAGCAGCAGAUGCAGCAAGAGCAGCAACAGGAGCGCCAGACUGGGCCUCCGCGUGUGCGGGGAGGAGAGGGUGGGGGGGUUAGUGCCGAAGCUCCUGCUGCAGCAGCAGCAGCUCCUGCUGGUGCUGCUCCUGCUCCAGCUCCUGCUGGUGCUGCUCCUGCUGCAGCAGCAGCAGCAGCAGCAGCAGCAGCAGCAGCAGAGAGCAGCAGCUUGCUAGUAUUGUUUUAUGGGUUUAGUUUAUCUAUGGGUGUCCUUUGCUGCAUUCCUUACCUUUGGCUGCCAGCAAACAAGACAGUUACUUUGCUGCUGCAGCUAACAGAGCAGCAGCAGCAGCAGCAGCAGCAGCAGUACAUGCAGCAGCAACAGCAGCAGCACUACCUGCUGCUGCAGCAGCAGCAGCAGCUAUGGGGAAACCAGCUGCUGCGGCCUCAUGGAGGCCGAAGUCUCCGUGCAACGCCACAGACAUUUUAA